CAAAACUGUCACACGUGUACUCUCGUCUCCGCUAAAGCUGACUGCACCUAUCCGGCUCUGUGCUGGUCGAUUCAUUUGCUCCUUGAUUCCUUCACGGUGGAAGGGAGGCGAUUCUCCUCGCCGCCAUUUUUAGGGAACUGCCUAUCGAAAAGAGAAACUUUGCUAGCCAAUGCCUAACGUUAGCUAGCUAGCUAGCUAGGUGGCCAGUAGCCUGCCAGCUUGCCAGUCCGACAGUUAUCGCUUGACAGCACCUUGCCUCACGCUAAAUUAUUCUCGCCACCGGCCAGUAGACUUGACUAAAACGGUUAUUGCUAAAGUGAAGAUUAAGAUAGACUUGAAGUCAGCGUGAUCGUCUAUAUAGGGUUGGGCAGUUGUGCAGUUAGAUUAGCGAAUUAGCACUGCUAACUUAUUAGCUAGCGAAUUCACACUUGGAUUUCUGUGGACUGCAUUGGAUCGUCUGUGAUUUGGCGUCCGUCGCUUUACUCUGCCGUGUUCAGGGUGACUGGAUUAAGCAGCCGCUUAUACCCCACUUCUCAACCUGUGUGGAUUCAUUUUGACGAGGUGCCCAUGUGCUGAUUUCUUAGGCCCAUCCGUUACUGCAGAUGAAUCUUCAGCUGCUUUGGCGUAGCUCAGCACCCAGAUAGUCCCAUCCCCUUUGCGUGGGUGAUAAGGGACUACAUCAACCAGGAUGCCCUCCUCUGUAAGGGCAGGGAGCCUGAAGGAUCCGGAGGUGGCUGAGCUUUUCUUCAAAGAAGACCCAGAGAAGCUUUUCUCAGACCUCCGAGAGAUUGGCCAUGGCAGCUUUGGCGCCGUCUACUUUGCACGGGAUGUACGCACAAAUGAGGUGGUGGCAAUUAAAAAGAUGUCCUACAGUGGCAAACAGUCUAAUGAGAAAUGGCAGGACAUUAUAAAGGAGGUGAAGUUUCUUCAGAGGAUCCGGCACCCCAACAGCAUAGAAUACAAAGGUUGUUACCUCCGUGAGCACACAGCAUGGCUGGUGAUGGAGUACUGUCUUGGCUCAGCCUCUGAUCUGCUAGAAGUUCAUAAAAAACCUCUACAAGAAGUAGAGAUUGCUGCCAUUACACAUGGUGCUCUGCAGGGGCUGGCCUACCUUCAUUCCCACAAUAUGAUCCACAGGGAUGUGAAGGCAGGUAACAUCCUGCUGACUGAGCCUGGGCAGGUCAAACUGGCAGACUUUGGCUCUGCUUCCAUCGCCUCACCUGCCAACUCUUUUGUGGGAACGCCAUAUUGGAUGGCACCUGAGGUGAUUCUAGCUAUGGACGAGGGCCAGUAUGAUGGGAAGGUGGAUGUCUGGUCCUUGGGGAUCACCUGUAUAGAACUAGCGGAGAGGAAGCCCCCCUUGUUUAACAUGAAUGCAAUGAGUGCCUUAUACCACAUAGCGCAGAACGAGAGCCCCACACUGCAGUCUAGUGAAUGGACGGAUUACUUUAGAAACUUUGUUGAUUCUUGCCUUCAGAAAAUCCCCCAGGACAGGCCGCACUCUGACGACAUGCUGGGUCAUGCGUUUCUGCAGCGUGAACGUCCAGACUCUGUCCUGAUGGAUCUUAUUCAGAGGACCAAGGAUGCAGUGCGAGAGCUGGAUAACCUGCAGUACCGCAAGAUGAAGAAGAUCCUCCUUCAGGAGGCCCACAACGGACCCACAGCAGAAGCCCAGGAUGGAGAUGAGGAGCUGGAGCCCGGUGGAGGUCGGACAGGAACUGUGAACAGUGUCGGCAGCAAUCAGUCCAUCCCCAGCAUGUCCAUCAGCGCCAGCUCCCAGAGCAGCUCCGUCAACAGUCUGAACGAAGCGGCCCAGGACAGCCGCAGCGAGCUGGACCUGAUGGAGGGAGACCACACAGUCAUGUCCAACAGCUCCGUCAUACAUCUCAAACCGGAAGAAGAGGAGAGUUUCUGUGGGGAGCAGGCAGCCAGCAGUCAACCCUCUGAGCCCCAGGCAACACCAGCUCAAGCCCCGAGGAAGCACUACCGCAACAGGGAGCAUUUUGCCACCAUACGCACAGCGUCGCUUGUGACUCGCGAGAUGCAGGAACACGAGCAGGACUCCGAGCUGCGGGAGCAAAUGUCAGGAUACAAACGCAUGAGACGGCAGCAUCAGAAGCACCUGAUGGCCCUGGAGAACAAGCUCAAAGGGGAGAUGGAUGAGCACCGCCUGAGGCUGGACAAGGAGCUGGAGAGUCAGAGAAGCAACUUCACCCAGGAGAUGGAGAAGCUGCUCAAAAAACACCAGGGAGCCCUGGAGAAAGAUCUGAAGACAUUUGCCAACGAUGAGAAAAAGUUCCAGCAGCACAUCCAGGUGCAGCAGAAGAAGGAGCUCAGCAGCUUCCUGGAGUCACAGAAGCGGGAGUAUAAGCUACGCAAGGAGCAGCUCAAAGAGGAACUGAGUGAGAACCAGUCGACUCCCAAGAAAGAGAAACAGGAGUGGCUGUCCAAGCAGAAAGAGAACAUCCAACACUUCCAGGCGGAGGAGGAGGCCAAUUUGCUGAGGAGACAGAGGCAGUACCUGGAGCUGGAGUGUCGGCGGUUCAAACGCAGGAUCCUCAUUGCCAGACACAAUGUGGAGCAGGAUCUGGCCAGAGAGGAGCUGAACAAACGGCAGACACAGAAGGACCUGGAGCAUGCCAUGCUGCUCAGGCAUCACGAGUCGAUGCAGGAGCUGGAGUUCAGGCACCUGGCGACGAUCCAGAAGGCGCGGGCUGAGCUGAUCCGGACCCAGCACCAGACAGAACUCACCAACCAGCUGGAAUACAAUAAGAGGAGGGAGAGGGAGCUGAGACGCAAGCAUGUCAUGGAGGUCCGACAGCAGCCCAAGAGCCUCAAGUCUAAGGAGCUUCAGAUUAAGAAGCAGUUCCAGGAGACUUGCAAAACCCAGACCAGGCAGUACAAGGCCCUCAGGAACCAUCUGCUGGAAACCACGCCCAAGUCUGACCACAAGGCCGUGCUGAAGAGGCUGAAGGAGGAGCAGACCAGGAAGCUGGCCAUCCUGGCCGAGCAGUACGACCACUCCAUCAAUGAAAUGCUCUCCACGCAGGCUCUGCGGUUAGAUGAAGCUCAAGAGGGGGAGUGUCAGGUUCUAAGGAUGCAGCUGCAGCAGGAGCUGGAGCUGCUCAACGCGUACCAGAGCAAGAUCAAGAUGCAAACAGAUGCUCAGCAUGACAAGGAGAGGAGGGAGCUGGAGCAGAGGGUCUCUCUGCGGAGGGCUCUGCUGGAGCAGAAAAUUGAGGAGGAAAUGCUGGCCCUGCAGAACGAACGCCUGGAGCGAAUCCGCUCACUGCUGGAGCGCCAGGCCCGAGAAAUUGAGGCUUUUGACUCGGAGUCCAUGCGGCUGGGCUUCAGCAACAUGGUGCUCACUAACCUGGCUCCCGAUUCCCAGGGAGGCUGGGGGGGAGGAGGUGCAGGAAGCCAGGGGGCUCAGGGAGGAGGCCACUGGCCUGGAGGAGGUGGAGGAGGAGGGGGUCACCAUAGCCAUCACCACCAGGGGGGCUCCAGCUCACAGCAGCCCUGGGGUCACCCUAUGCUGGCUGGGGGCCCGCCACCCUGGAGCCUCCACCACCCCGGAGGAGGGAGUCAGAGGGGAAGCGGGGGCGGCGUAGGAGGGGUGAGGAACAGCCCGCAGGCUAUGAGGAGGACGUCAUCAGGGGGGAGGAGUGAACAGGGCAUGAGCAGGAGCGCCAGCAUCACCUCUCAGAUCUCCAACGGAUCCCACCUGUCAUACACCUAGAACACAGACGCACACACACACACACACACACACACACACAAGCAACACAGUAAUUGUCUUAAAGUAAAAUUUUUGUGCACCGAGGUAACACUGUACACAGACACACACCAUGCAUGCACCACACAUUCUCACAUACACUUGUUGUUAUUUCCCACAGUACGUCUGACACACACUGCACAGUACUGAGACUGGGUUUACCUCAGCCCAGUUCCUCUCCCAUCACCACUGUUCUCUCACAUCAGUGUACUGCUAGCAGCAGUCUGUGGAAACCCAACAGUCUGGAGACUAAUCCAAGACGGCUGAGGGCCAUAUAUACAGUACGCCACAGUGCAAUAGUGUCAUUUUUACUGUAGCCUAGAGUGCUGUUUUAUGUGUUUAUGUUUGCGUUGUUAGUCUCCGUUGCCAUAGACCCAAAUUAGUGUGUUCAUAUUAUCUACCAUGGAGUUUAUUGUCAGGAGUUGUUUAUUUGCAGUAUGCUGUUCUAUAUGCUGUUUUGUGGUAGCACAAUAAGGUGCAUUAUGGGAAAAUUUGCAUUCAGUAUGUGCAAUUUUAAAAGAUAACCUUUGAAUAUUUGUCCUCGUGCAAAUUCCUUCAAACCACUCACGGCUCUAGAUUUAAAGCACAGACAUCUAACCGAUUGAAAGUUUAAUGAGAUUAUUGUUUAUGUGCAGUUGCAGGCAAAUGAGAAGGCGGGAGGUAAUGUAGGGGUGUGACUUAAGAUUAAUGGUUGAACAGUAGACCGUCUCAGAACAUGUCGGACAGGUCUAGAACAAAAAUAAACAGAGGAAGAGAAUAAAGGUUGUUGUAAGUGAGUACCAGUGGGUAUUUCUGACUUUAUAGAAGUAAUGAAGGGUCAGCUAUCGGAUGGCUAAAAGUAUGCAAUCAUUCAUUCCAACCAAAAUGACUUUAAUGAGAAGCGUAUCUUCCACCACAGAGGAAAUCUAAUCAGUGAAGUCACCUGGUGCCGCGAUUAUUGGAGCGAAAAAUCGCAUACUCUCAGUCAUCAAUGCCACAGACACAGGUUUGAAGUCCCUGAAGUUGGGAGUUAUUGUGUACUAUGGAAAGGGCUGCAACGAUGCCAAAGGUAAGGGUGCAGAGUCGGAUUUGUCGUUAUAACUAUUCAUGCCAACAAAUUAUGUUUUUAAUGAGAUUGUGCCAGACAUGUUAGUGGAAGUUUCGCUUCAUACCACGCGGCCAAGUAGAUGCAUCUUUUGCUGGACUGGAGGAGAGAAGCAGACAUUUCUUGCGCAUGCUCAGCCUUAUUGGUUCAGCUCUUGGGUUUCCACAGGCCUCUGCCCUUCACUCACACCUUGCCCAGUGGACGGCCAGUCUGAGGGAUACUGAAGCCUUAUUAGUCCACAGCCCUCAUGACAGGGAUGGGUUUUCAGCAGCAACUAACCUCUACUUGAAUAAUUUAAAAACUGUGUGUUCACUCUUCACUUGUUGGCAGUAAUUUCCUGGUCUAAUCUGGCACUGUCUUAGCGAUGCACUAUGCAGUGAAAUACUUUCUCCGACAAAUUGAACCAUGCCUGUUGGCCUACCUCAAGAAACACUCAAGCAGAGCUUCACCACUGGGUGUCGUGACUUGACAAUGACUUGCACUUUGGCACAGGCCUUUACCCACACUAAAUGUUAAUCAGAUAUAUUUACACACACACAGACAUACAUGCAUACAAUAAUUAUUGUAUAUUUUUUAUUCCCCUGUCAACCAGUAUGUCCCUUUGCACACUUAGCUGAUGAAUGCAUGUACAGGGUUAAAUUUUGUGAAAGUGCGAUUGGGACAUAAAAAUGUUAAAAAAAAAAAAAGUACCUGAAUUUUUUUUUUUUUUUUUAAUAGUGCACUUAGUUGUUAGCUGAGUUGGCUGUAAAUGAGCAAACACUCAGCAGCAGGCAAAUUUUAGGUCAAAGGUUACUUGUUUCGGGGCAACUCUUUUGGGUAACACUGUCCAUCACGGUUGUCUAAAAAUGUCCCAGUGUGUUGUUUUUGACUUUUAAAGGGGUAAAAUUAAAAUGAAUGAACACGGAGUGCGUGGAGGAGCCUCACUCGCCCUCUGCUGGUUGGUGACUGCUGAAUGUCUCAGUGGGUGGAUGGGUGGUGAUGCUGUGAUCUCCGCUGCCAUGCCCCUGCAACCUCCCCCGGUCUGACACCCCACUCUGUCUCACCCCUGGUGACCCUUAUGUCAUGUUCUGACCACCGAUCUCCCUGCUUCCCUCCACCUCUGUUUCCUCCCCUCCUGAGCCUGGUGUGGUCUUCACCCCCUCCCUGAUCUAUUUGAGAAGAGCUCUUCAAGUGAAAGAAAAGAAGAAAAAAAAAUAUAUAUAUAUAUGUAUUAUUAUAUAAAUCUAUAAAAAAGAAGGAUUAUAGAGAAAUGGAGAUGAAGGUGGAAGUCUUCUUGUGAAAUGCAGAGAUUAUGCAUUAUAUGAUUAUCAGAGGUGGAAUGUACAGGAAACCUGUUAAUAUUGUAUAUUUUGAAUUUGAAAAUAUGGAAAUCUAAUUGACAAAUCAAAGACAAAUUAACUUGUUGUGAUGCGGACACAGUGACGUGGUUUUAGACCAGCGGUAUUCCCAUGUUUUACAGCCGCUGGGUUUUCACUGUCUUACUUGCAGCUGCGAGUUCUGAAACUUGUUACAGAUAUUCUGUUGUGAAUGAUAACAACACAACUCUAGGUCAGAUUGCCUUGAGUAAAUGGCAACAUUUUGUUAAGUGAAUGAAUGAGGAUGACUUUGCACAUAAUUUGAAAUCUUGAUAUGUGUAGCCUUUGCUUUAGCAUAGGCUAUAUUUUACUGAAAUAAUGAUACCCAAUAUAGAAGACUCUGUCUGUCUAUUUAGGUUUUUAAUGGGUUUUAGAAUACUUCCUGGCCUAAAGUCAAGAUAAUAAAAACAUAGAAAAAGAAAUAAUUGUCCUUUAAAUAUCUGCAAAAUCCAAAAAUCUGCUGGAUUCUAAAACAUUUGGCUGCGUAAACAGUAUUUAGUGCGCUCCACAACUUGAAAUUGUUUCCAAAUUCUUGCACAAGACAGUGAAAAUAUAUCUGUUGUUUGAGAUCUACAGACGGUUACUCUUAGGUGUUGUGGGGUCCAUAUUAUUUGGACUUUUAUGUCUUAUUAAACGUGCGCCCUCUUUUGUUCUGGUUGUACACAAAGCAUUUUCACACUGCACUUAAGCAUUUGCCUUUUUUUUUUUUUUUUUUUUUUAAUCUUACCACCCUGAAUCAGAGCUUAUAAUCCUGUAAUUUUCAUGGCUCAGUUCUGAAAACAGAAAAAAAACAAAAACGAAUGUGGUGGUUCCACUUCUCUCUUCAGCCAGUAUGCCAUUGUACCCAACAUAUUUUAUCAACCUUUUUUUCCCAGUUCUGUAGUGUUUUAUUUCCUUUAAUACCAGAAAGGGUCGUUUUAUUUUCCAGGUGAUGUCUGCAGAGGGCCAAACGAGCGGCAGAUUUUUAGACCUUCUCUUGUGUUUACUAGAACUCCCAGGUGUUUUUUUUUUUGUUUGUUUUUUUUGUGGCAGUUGGGGCAGAGUCUAGCUUUAGACCUUGGUCACUCUGAACUGGAUCAGUUGCACUGAUUGCACAAGUGAUUGACCAGAUUAAAGAGUCUACUGUGAUCCCCCUCAGUGUGCUGAGGGACGGCUGCCAUUGGCCGAGCGUAGGCGGGAGGCAGGGUUAUGUCUCUGUACAGUCUGUUUAUCAGUAUUCCUUUUAUCUCUCCUGUCAUUUGGUGGAUCUUGCUGUUUUAUUCUCCCUGGUCCAGAGACCUGUAUUAAACUGUAUUAAAUUGUAUAGAUUGUGCAAAAAGCUGAAUGUCGCAUAGCAGAAGAGAAAAGCUAUUCCUUACAGAUGACAAAGUGAUUUAAAAUGUAUAAAAGAAAUUCAGAAACAAAGUUUAGGGGAUAAAUGUAAUAUUUUGUUUGUAAUUACUAUUUUUUGUUGGAAGAGGGCUACUGGAUAAAGAAUCAUCUGUAAUAAAGUAAUUUUAAUA